ACUUCUAGGGGGCGUGACCAUGGAAACGGUCACAGUAAAGGCUUAAUUGUGUUGUAAGCCGCCCCGAGGCUUCAGCAAGGGGCGGCAUAGAAAUGUUCUAAUAAUAAUAAUAAUAAUAAUAAUAAUAAUAAUAAUAAUAAUAAUAAUAAUAAAGGCCGGUGUAUCAAAGGGAACGAUGACGUCACGGCGCACAGGACAAAUGUGGCAUCAGUGAAUGAGCGAGCGUGAACGGUCCAUUAAUCCAGGCACCUCUGUCUGUCUGCUCAGGUCCAGUAACCAGCGUGCUGAUAUCGGAGCUCUUCCUGCAGACCUGUCGGUCCACCGCCUUCGUGAUCGCGGGCUGUACGCACUGGCUUUGCAAGUUCCUCAUCGCGCUCACGUACCUUCACAUACAGGAGACGCCCAGCCCGGCCCGAGCGACAUGGGGAGCCACAACCGGCAGACAAAGAGCGGAGUGGAGUUAGCGGCCCAACACGGCCAGCUGGAGAAGCCAUCUUCAGUGUCCUGCCCAGAAAACAUAGGAAGCAGCCUCAAAGACGCAGAGACACAGAAGGCCAGACGGAAAAGAUUGUCGUCUGCUACCUACACACAAAGCUUCAGAAGCAGCAUCAGAAGCAUAGACGCAACAGUGAUAAUGAAGGAGAAGUCUGGGAGAAGGGCGCUGACAAGGCCUCUGGUCAUGGUGACGCUGGUCACGUCCUUUGGGUCCUCGCUCCAAUACGGCUAUAACCUUUGGGUGGUGAACCAUCCAGCAGCGCUCAUCCAAGACUUUUACAAUAACACCUACCACCAAAGGAAGAAGGUCUACAUCGAAGCCACCUUCCUCAGCUUCCUGUACAGUAUGACCGUGGCCAUUUUCUCGCUCGGCGGCCUCAUUGGGUCCCUUUUGUCUGGUCCCAUGGUGGAUAAGUGCGGCAGGAAGGGAACCCUCUUCCUCAACAACCUUCUGGCCAUAAUCUCUUCCAUCCUCAUGGGUUUCUCCACCCUGGUGCACGCCUAUGAAUACACCAUCUUUUCACGCUUGAUCACGGGCGUGUGCUCAGGCAUCUUCUCCUGCGCUGUCCCACUGUAUCUUGCAGAGGUGGCCCCCAGAAACCUCAGGGGGACCAUGGUGUCAGUGUCUGCCCUCUUCAUCGUCAUUGGCGUCCUGAUCUCUCAGGUCCUCGGCUAUGAGGAGCUGCUGGGUACCAAAAAGUAUUGGCCGAUACUGCUGAGUCUUCCCGGCUUCCUGGCAGUGCUGCAGGUCAUUGUGCUGCCUUCGUGCCCGGAGAGUCCCCGGUACCUUAUGAUCCAGGAGCGGGAUGAGGAAAAGGCCAGGCAAACCUUGAAGAAGCUGAGGGGCCAAGAAGAUGUCGAACAAGAGAUAGACGAGCUCUACCUGGAGCACAUCUCCGAGAAGGCGGAGAAGGAGAUGGGCGGGCUGAAGCUGCUGUUCUACCGAGGCCUUCGCUGGCAAGUCAUCUCCGUUGUCGUCCUGAUGAGCGGCCAUCAGCUCACAGGUGUCAGUGCGGUUUACUAUUAUGCAGACAACAUCUAUGCGUCCAUGUUUUUAAGCAAGAAAGAAAUCCGGUAUAUUGUCCUCUUCUCUGUCAUUUCCCUCGUUAUCACCCUGAUGGUCGUGGUGUAUAUCAUCGACACCGUGGGACGGAGGGCCCUGAUCCUCAUUGGCUUCGGGGUCUGCAGCAUCAUCUGUGUCCUGCUCACCAUGGCACUCGAAAUGCAGACGACCAUCUCAUGGAUGUCCUACGCCAGCUCCUCCCUCGUCUUCCUCUUCCUCAUCGCACACGUUUUGGGACCAGGUCCCGUACCCAUCCUCCUCACGACAGAACUGUUCCUUCAGUCCACCCGGUCCACCAGCGUCGCCCUCGGAGGGUUUGUGCACUGGCUGGUCAACUUCCUCAUGGGCAUCAUAUUUCUUCAUAUAGAAACGCUGAUUGGGUCCUACAGCUUCCUUCUCUUCUGGCCACUCUCUGUUGCCACCUUUAUUUAUAUCUUCAAGUACAUCCCAGAAACCAAGGGCAGGACCUUUCUGGAGAUAAAGAGACUCAUGUCUGCCCAGUUGGCCAGGAGGAUUCAAGUUCAGGGGCACCCCGCCAAAGAAAAUUUGAAGAAACGGUCAGCUCACCAUAGCAAUAGGAGAAAAAAGAGAAGAUCAACCAUAGGCUAAAGUGAUCCUCCAACUCUCUUGACCCACAGGUGAUCACUGAUUCCCUGUUGGUCCCCCACCCACGUCUUUGUUAUAGCUUUUCUACUCUCUUUGCACAAAAUUUUAUAUUUAAAUUAUAAAACGCAUACACAAUUACACCUUUUAAUCUUUCAAAAGA